CAAGUCGAGAACGCGUAUCUUCAGUUUGUUAUCAGGUUCGAACGCGUCUCUAUGUGCAGGUUUACGUGCUGCUGUGUCACUCAUUCGAGAGCUCGUGGUUAUUUUUCAUUUUCGUUUUUACGCUGUACGAUCAUGUUCUUCUGUGUCGGUUCUUGAAGAUUUAUCGUGUGUACGGUUAAUUUUCUCAAUUUUUUUCGCGUAUUUAACGUAAAUAUAAUAUCUGGUGUUUUUAUCGCACUGCCGAAUAUUUUUCGAGUGGAAUAAUUUUAUUUUACUUUUUUUCUUCAAAUGGAGUGGUGAAUCAUUUUGCAACCUAUCUAUUCGUCGAUGGAAUAUGAAUUCUAAAUAUAAAACGUGGAAUUAUAAAUUCGCGGAACAAAUAACGAGAUGAUUUAGAAUGCCAGUGAAGCGCCGCUAUAAUUUUUGUUUCAUUUGAUCAUCGACAUUUUUUUCAAAGGCCAUACGAUGGGUAAAUUAAGGAAAAUCAUCCUGCUACUAUGGAAAAAUUACUUAAUGCAGAAAAAACAGCCAAUUCACACCUUAGUCGAAAUACUACUACCUUUAGCUAUAUCGUGUCUAUUAGUAUGGUUAAGAUUUUAUGUAAAUACCGAAGAAGUUCCAAAUCCUACUAAAUUUAAUUCAUUUUCAUUAAAAGACUGCUUAGAUACGUCGUUAAUAAUGUCAAAGACAUGGUCUAUAGCCUGGUCACCGAAUACCAGUCCCUUUGCGACCGAAGUUAUGAAAAAAUUUAGUUUUGAAAAAUUAACAGCAAGUAGACCGCAUCAUCCGGGUAUUUUUAUGGAACCUUUUGCCGAUGAAACCGAAAUGCAGCGCGCACUUUUGGUCGCCAAUAAUACUAAAGUAGUCUUGGUUGGUAUUUCAUUUGACGAUUCAGUCGAGGAUAUCGAUCAAGAAGAGAUGACCAUUCCACAAAAUUUACAAGUACGAAUUCGAUUUCCAGGACUAUCGAGGUAUAUAGACAACCAGUCGACGACAUUUGAUACUCAGUUCCCUAAUUGGAGAACACACACAGCAUUCCCACUUUAUCAGCCAUUCGGUCCUCGAGAUGGAUAUUCUAUUUUCGGAGGGCAACCAGGGUAUUGUAAAGAAGGAUUCAUAUCGGUACAACAUGCAGUUUUCGAAUCCAUUUUCGACAUAUACAAUACAGAAUUUCGGCCAAAUAAUACAAUCAGGGCUCCUGAAUUCCUAUUCCAACGAUUCGCUUACCCGUCAUAUGUCCAAGACAGGCUAUUGCCGGCAUUGAUCUCAUUCAUAUCUAUUUUCAUUAUAUUUAGUUACACGUAUUCCGCUGUUAGGACCAUUAAAUUAGUAACUGUCGAGAAAGAGACGCAAAUGAAGGAAGUUAUGAAAUUGAUGGGACUAAGUAGCUGGAUGCACUGGACUGCCUGGUUGAUUAAAGAGUUCAUCCAGUGGUUUAUACUUAGUCUACUGAUAACCAUCGCGUUGACGAUCGAAUGGAAAAACGGAUGCGUUAUUAAAAAUACAAAUUCUGUGAUAGUCUUAUUAAUUCUAAUGGUUUUUUCUUUCACUAGUAUCUGUUUUUGUUUCCUUAUAACUUCGUUUUUCAAUAAAGCCAAUUCUGCCGCUACUGUCGGAGCAGCCUUAUGGUUCCUGAGUUAUUCGCCAUAUCUAAUAUAUCAACCUUCGUACGAAAGUAUGUCUUGGUUGCAAAUCGUAUCUUGGAGUUCUUUAUCCAAUACCAAUAUGGGAUAUAUUUUCCAAAUGAUCGUCAUGUAUGAAGGAAUAGGUACGGGAAUCCAGUGGGAUAACUUUUUUACACCUGUAUCACCUAGUGAUAAAGUUAGUCCAGGAGAAUUGACCGUUUACUUAUUCGUCGAUGCCAUUAUUUACCUUUUGGCUGCUGUCUACAAAGAAGAAGCUUGGCCAGGAGCUUACGGAAUGCCUAAACCGUGGUAUUUCCCCUUUCAGGCAUCGUAUUGGUGCGGUUAUAAGAAAACUUCGCAAAAUACUCAAGCUCCGAAAGGAAUACAAAUAAGAGAUCUCACUAAGAUUUAUAAAAAUGGUCUGAAGGUUAAAAAGGCUGUGAAAGAAUUAACCCUCGACAUGUAUCCAAAUCAGAUCACCGUCUUAUUAGGACACAACGGAGCUGGGAAAUCAUCAUCCAUGUCCAUGUUAAUAGGUUUAACCAGACCAACAUCUGGAACAGCCACUAUAAAUGGUUACGAUAUUUGGUCAGAAAUGGAAAAAAUUCGUGAAAGUUUAGGUCUGUGUCCACAAUUUGAUCUUUUAUUCGAAGAAUUGACCGUCGAAGAACACUUACUAUUCUUUGGAAAGUUGAAAGGAUGUUACGGGGAAGACCUGAAAAAGGAGAUAAAUAAAUACGUUACCAAAUUAGAAAUGGAGAAGAAAUUGUAUAGCAGAGCUGGUGGCCUAAGUGGAGGAUAUAAGAGGAAAUUAUCUGUGGCUAUCGCAUUAGUCGGACAUUCUGAAGUGGUCUUGUUGGAUGAACCUACAUCUCGGAUGGAUCCAACUGCUCGACGUUGUCUGUGGGAUUUGCUGCAGGAAGAAAGAAAUAACCGCACGAUGAUGAUGACAACUCAUCUUAUGGAUGAAGCGGACUUGCUCGGUGAUCGAGUGGCUAUCCUCAGUAAUGGUCAAUUGAAAUGCGUAGGCACGCCAUUCAUGUUGAAGAAACAGUACGGCUACGGUUACACGCUGAGCUUGGUUAAAAAGAUACCAGAUUUAAAUCUGGAUAAAGUGACCUCAUUCUUGAAAGCUCACAACAACGGUGUUGAAUUAGUUGCAAAUAUGGAAACCGAAGUUAAAUUCAAGUUGGACGACUCGGAUAAAAUGUCCAUGUUGUUGAGCGAAUUAUCAAAUAAACAUAACGAUUUAGGAAUUAAAGAAUAUGGCAUUUCGUUGACCACUUUAGAAGAUGUUUAUAUGAGGGUUAUCAACAUGGAAGAUGAACUAGAUCGCGUGAAAAUCGGUAACGUAGAUGAAGGCUACGUCAACCCUUGUAAUAUAAGUGAUAAAAUACCAGAUUCUCGGAUCGAUUUACCAGAAUCAUUGAAACCUACCUCGAAAAGUACCGUUGAUACUCAUGUCAAAUGGACCAAACAAUUCGGAGCGAUGGUUCAUAAAAAAUAUAUUAUAUCUAGAAAAGGCUGGCGAUUGCAUUUGAUUCAGCUGUUAACCACGUUCGUCUUUCUAUUAAUUGCCACCGCUGUUACGGAAGCUUGGAGAGGAAGUACUGACUUGCCACCGUUGAAUUUAACAUUGAAAAAUUACAGAAAUCCGGUUAUUAUCGCUAGUGAAAAUACGGGUAAUGGACAUCAGAUUUUCGAAUCGAUAAAAAACACAGCUCGACGAGAGAAUGCUGAAGUGAUUCUUAAACAAAAUGCAUCAGAAUCUUUCGACGACUACUUAUUAGAUAUGUACAAAGAUCGAUUAGAAGUGAUCAACGAACGUUACAUAUUCGGAGCCGAAAUCGAUAACAAAUUCAAUAAUAAUUUAAUCAGACUUCAUUUCAACAACCAACCAUUUCACUCAUUUGCAACGGCCUUAUCUACCAUCCAAAACGCGAUCAUAAAAACAGUCAGUGGCGAAAAAUAUUCGCUCACUUUUGUCAAUCAACCUUUACCAUACGUGCCGGAAGAAAAAAUCAAGAAAUUAGAAGGCGGUAGUAAUUUCGGAUUCCAAAUGGGUUUCAAUACCGGUUUCGCGCACGCCUUCAUCUGCGCUACGUUCAUCGUGCUUAUUAUGAAAGAACAAGAAACCGGAGCUAAGCAUUUGCAAUUUAUUUCCGGUGUCAAGCCGUCUGCGUACUGGAGUGCUUCGGUGUUAUGGGAUUCGUUCAUGUAUAUGAUAUCGAUGUUCAUCAUCAUAGCGUAUUUGUUCUAUCAUCAAGAUGCCGCAUUCUCCGACAACGAACAGCUUGUUCAAGUUGCUGUAUUGUUGGCAUCAUACGUUUGGGCAAUCAUUCCUGUGGUGAAUUUGGCUUCGUAUUUAUUUACUAAACCUUCCAUUGCUUUUAUGAAGACUUCUUUGCUCGGAAUUUUAACUGGAUGCAGUAUAUUUGUGAUUGUGUUAAUCCUGGAAAUCAGGCCUUUGUUUUUGGUGGACGAGGCGAACAGUGUGGAAUCUGUGAUGACGUGGUUCCCACAUUACAUUUUAUGCCAAGGGUUGAAAAACAUUUACCUGAAUCAUGGUCAAAAAGCAAUUUACAGAAAUAAAGGUCUCGAUUAUCCUGGAAAUUUUGCUUGGAAAAAACCUGGAAUUGGGAGGAAUUUAUUCACACUUUUCAUCAUCGGUUUAGUGUUCAAUCUCACGCUUUUGAGUUUAGAAAAUAUAAAACAUAAAUUGAAAAAGUUAUAUAGCAUCAUAUAUAAAUAUUGGACACAUAAUAUGAGAAAGAAUCCUGGCACGAAUAUUGAAACUGAACUCAAACUGUGCACCAUGUUCGAUGACGCAGAUGUAACGUCUGAGAAAAUUAUCGUCGAAAAAUCCUCUAAAUUGGAUCAUAUUGUGAUAAUGAAAAAUGUUACCAAAAAAUAUGGCAACUUUACCGCCGUGAAAUCGUUGAAUUUAGCUUUACAUACUCACGAAUGUUUUGCCCUUCUUGGAUCCAAUGGAGCUGGUAAAACUACGACGUUUAAAAUGUUGACUACUAAAAUUGAUAUGACAAGCGGAUCAAUUGACAUUUGCUCGAUGGAUAUUGUACGAGAAAGAUCGAAGGUACGAAAAGUAAUCGGUUAUUGUCCGCAACAAGACGCUUUACUAGAAAAACUAACUUGUCGAGAAACUAUGAAAAUGUUCUGUACCCUUCGAGGAAUACCAAAAGACGAGCACGACUUAGUCAUUUCGCAGCUCUCGCAGCGAUUAGUUUUUUAUAAAUUUUUAGACGUUGAAGCUGGUAGAAACAGUGGUGGAAAUCAGCGAAAAUUAAGCACUGCCAUUGCGAUGAUCGGCGACCCGCCGGUUAUAUUAUUAGACGAGCCUACGUCCGGUAUGGAUCCAGAAGCUCGAAGGCAUUUGUGGAAUGUAAUAAAAGAAGAACGAGAAAGAGGGAAAUGUAUCAUCAUUACUACCCACAGUUUAGAAGAAUGCGAAGUCUUAUGUACCAGAUUAGCCAUUAUGGUUGAAGGUGAAAUACGGUGUUUAGGCUCGGUUCAACAUCUUAAAAAUAAAUUCGCUUCCGGUUACAAAUUACACGUCAAAUUUCCUCCCAAUAAACAACAAAAUAUCAAAGUUUUCAUAUCUAGUAAUUUAACAGGAAGUUCAGUUCACGAAGAAUUCGAAGGUAUGAUACUGUUCCACAUUCCAAUAAAUAUUUCAUGUUCGAGUGUUUUCUCGGCCAUGGAAACGGCCAAAAAAUUAGCUUUAAUCGAAGAUUACUCUAUUCAACAGACCAGUUUAGAACAGGUUUUCACUAAAGUGACGAAGAAAGUUUGUUGACAGUCUAAGUCUGUUUUUUUGUAACAAUUUGUGAUCGCGUUCAAGUCUACGUGUUUUUUUUUCUAAGCUUAAAUGACAAUUCGAAAGAGGGAUUUUUAAUCGAACGAAACCAGAAAACGACUCUACUGGCAUUUAUUUAAUGUAAUUUUUAUAAGUUUUUUUUUCAUUUUUUUCAGUACUUCGUGAAUUUAUAAGUAAAUUGAGAUUCAUAUUUUCAGACGUUUUGUUAAUAUUAUAGUUACCAGAUAUUUUUAUACUGAAACGAACGAAUUUUUCGAAGCAUUUUAAGUGUAUUUGUAAGAUUACCUAUGUCGAUUUAUAAUGUGUUUUUUUUCUAUUUUUUAUAAUUUUUUUUUUCAUUCGAAUGUGAUUGUGUUUAAAAUAAUAUUAAUUACCGACAUGUAUGAAAAUCAACGGCGAUGCGUUUCACAUUUUGUAAAUCGUGUUCCAACUUCAUAAAUAGUCAAUUAUUUUUAAUAUCUUGUAAAUAUGAAAAGAAAGAACGAAACGCAUAUGUUUUUUUAGACUGAUUUUCUUUCAUUUUCAAGUCCUAAGUUUUUAAUUUUUUUUUUUUAAUUCUUCUUAUUUAUUUACUUAUUUAUUUCAUUUUUAUAUUUCGAGUCUUUUUUUGAUCGCGCGAAUACCGGUAAAGUGUAAAAAAAAUGGUAAUUACGCGAAUUAUGUUUUUUUAUUCAUUUUUUGUACCUAUCGAACGAAAUCAUUUUGAUUAUUUCUAUUAUAAUGUGACAACACCGAAUCGUAUGUUUGGUGAGAUAUUCUGUUACGAAUUUCGUUUGCUCAAUGUUUCUUUUUUUUUGUCCUCAUACCAUAUUUUUCAUGUGUGUUAUUUUUUUUAUUUUAUUUUAUUGUGUAAUUAGAAUUAUGCGUUUUAAUAAUCAUGUAUUUAUUUUUUGUGUCAUUUAGUUUGGUAAUGAAAAACUAAAUAAAUUGUUUGUGUGUAUUGUUUGUA